AUGUCUCUUCUACACAGUAUAAGCCCGAAAUUGGUCUUUAAGAUGCAUCCGGGUAUUCGUCCACGAUUUCUGACGCCACUGACACGCAGAUAUGCAACCGUCAAGACACCCAAUAUCGACUGGGAUCCGAUGAUGUCCGUAAAGGACAUUAACAAAGAUGAUAAGGGCAGCUUUUCGCAUAAGGCAGUGUUUGCUUUGCUCUGUAUUGCACCAGUUCUCACAUUUGGCCUUGGCGUUUGGCAGGUGAAGCGGUUGAAGUGGAAAACUAAAUUGGUGAAUUCUUCACAGGAUAGACUGAGCUACCCUGCCAUAAAGCUACCCAAGAACUUGACGGACGAGGAGAUCGUUAAGGGGCUGGCCUAUAGGAAGGUAUACGUGACUGGAAAGUAUGACUAUUCACGUGAGAUAUUUAUUGGACCUAGAUUGAAGGAAGGACGAGAGGGAUAUAUCGUUGUCUGCCCAUUUGUUCAAAGUAACGGUACCGGCGAGGUGCUAGUGGAAAGGGGAUGGAUUUCUGCGGACAAGAUAAUUCCAUCGAGAAGGAGGUUACGUCAUUUAUCAUGUCCUGAGAAGGAGAUCACAAUUGAGGCUGUGAUUAAGGAUCCACCGAAGCGUGGUAUCAUGCAGAUGAAGCACCAUAAUGAGGCUAGAUUAUUUGAGUUUUUGGAUAUCGAUGCUAUGGUGAAGCAAUCGGGUACUAGACAUAUCUACUUGCAGGCUGUAGAAGACUUUCACGACAGACCGGAGUGGAAAAGUCAGAGUGAGGAAUCAGAGAAAAUGAGUUCUUGGUUCAGCUUCUUAAAGAAAAAGGACCAGCUAAACGCUGCAGAUAAGCAGAUUGAACAAUUGAAAACGGACGUGGAAACUAGUGAUGCCACGGAGUUCAGUUCAUUACAAUUCAUGGAUGCGGGUGUUCCAGUCGGUAAGAUUCCAAUAGUGGAAUACAGGAACACUCAUAUGCAGUACUUGAUUACCUGGUUCUCCUUGUCUCUCGCAUCUACGAUUUUGUUGGUGUUGAUGAUCAGAAAGGGUAAAUGGGUUGAUCCAAAUGUAGAAAAGCUUAAGUUUGCCAAAAAGCACAGCUGA